GCUACUAAAAGCUCCCCCCGCACCGCCGAUCUACGCUCAUCCUCGUCUCCAGACUGUGCUCUGGCCUUCUCAGCCGUGGGAGAUAGACCUGCCUGCUGUACAGCAUCGCCGCCUGCGUAGCCCGAUCUCUCUAGUGCAGCAACCAACUACAAGAUGCAGCUGCCUACCGCCACCGGUAUCCGCAUCCGCUCCAUGGCCGAUGCGCACGUUAUCUUCCACGCUGUCUCGCUCGGGGUGCUCCCCAUCGUCUCCCGACGGCUCGACAUAGACGAACGGCGAUACAUCCAUUCCGGAUGCGUGUGCGUCUGGGAAGAGCGCAGUGCCUGUGGCGAGGGUUCUUCGGCAACCGGCAUCGAGCGGUGGACGGACGGGAGGCGCUGGGGGCCUUCCAGAGUGCGCGACGAGUUCCUCUACUACCAGGAAAAGCUACCCGAAUUCGAGGCUGAUGAGGAGCUCGCGGCUCUCAUGCUUGGCGACAGCUACGAGAGCCGUCUGAUCAAGCAGACGUACUCUGUGUUCGUCGAUACCCCGACGGGCCGGCGGAAGUGGCAUCUAGUGGCCUACUUUACCGGCGAGACGCACGAGCGGCUCCUCACCGUCGACGACGUCCCCGAGCUCGCCGCCGUCCGCCCGCUCGUGCCCCCGGGCAAGUACACCACCGCGCGGCUCGCCCGGCAGCGCACGCGCCACGAGUCCGCAGCCCCCUCCCUCAACCUCAACUUCGGCGUACAGGAGCCUAGGGAGCCCAGAGCGGCGGCAGCGGCAGCACUGCCGUCUCUACUCGACCGCCAGCCCCUGUACACAAUCUCGCAGCAGGGCAACCUGGUCGCCCCGCACCCGCCAUCGGACAUCCGCCUCCCCGUGCUGAAGCCGACGCCCUGGGGCAAGCCGAGCUGGUUCGAGGGCGAGUUCGCGGCGCGCCAGCCGGAGCUGCACCGGGCCCUCAACAAGCACCUGCGGCGGAAUCCACACAUCAACCUCGCGCCGCUCAUCUACAUGCGCAAGACGCCAUACCCGCCGCGGGACGUCGCGGACGACGACAUCCUGCAAAAGUUUGACUGCGAGAUCCUCUGAGCGCGCACCUCUGGGCUCAGUCGACUGGCGCGGCACAGUGGUUUCCGGCACCGGCGGUCCUGCGAGAUGCGCCUGCCCCUGUUGCAUUGGCUGCACGGGUACGGCGCAGCGAGGAGGGCACUGCUGUCCGACGGUGAUCGUGUUCGUCAUGUAGGGUAGGACUCGGAGGGGGCGAAGGAGGGGCGAGCCUGGAGCGUGUCCCCCUCCGCCGACGUGAUCAUCUUCCGUGCUGUUCUGUUCACUAGCUAACGCGUGUUGUCAGAUAUAUACCCACAUCACUGUGCGCUCGCGUGCGCCCAGGCCUGUGCUGUAUUUGUACGCCCUAAUGACCACAUCCCGAUUCAAACAUUUUCUCC